AUGGAGGCUGUGCCUCGAAUGCCUAUGUUAUCGUUUGAGUUGAAACAAAGUCCAGAAUAUGUUGAUUUCGGACCAGUUUUGAAGCAGUACAUCCGAGAUAAUUAUGGAGAAGACCCUGCUCAAUACAAUAAGGCGUGUAAUGAUUUGGAACAACUCCGACAGAGUGCUGUUCAUGUUUCACAUGACUUUAUGGGAUGUAGCACCCUGAAGAAAUACUAUGCGCAGUUGCAGUUUUUACAGGGACGGUUCCCCAUGGGGGAGGCUGGAGAAGCAGCAAUACCAUUUACAUGGGAGGACAUUCACCUUGGCAGAGAGAUUACGAUUGGUGAUGCCAAGUUUGAGCAGGCUUGUGUCUUGUACAACAUUGGAGCUCUUCACUCCAUCCUGGGAACCAUGGAAACCAGACAGAGUGCCGAUGGAAUGAAGGUGUCAUGCACUCACUUCCAGUGUGCCUCAUGGGCAUUUGAAUAUCUGCGAGACCACUUCGGCUGUUCUUUGAUGAGUGCGGAUAUGUCACAUGACCUUUUGACCUUCCAAAUGAAUCUUAUGCUGGCACAAGCCCAGGAGUGUAUUCUAGAGAAAUCAAUGAUAGACAGUCGGAAAUGUUCUAUCACUGCUAAAGUAGCCAUACAAAUCGUGGAAUUCUACCGCACAGCAUACCGUAAUCUGGAGGCUUGCUAUAGCGAUGGACUUAUCAGCUCAAGGAGGAAUAAGGAAUGGAAGAAAAGGAUGGACAUCAAAAUUUUAUUUUAUCAGUGCAUAACUCACUACUACAUGGGGCGCCAGGCCGAGGAACAACAAAAGGCCGGUGAAAAUCUGGCUUACUACAGUGCCUCGCGAGAUAAACUGAAUGAAUGCAUGAAGAUGGCUAAGAAUGAAGGUCAGGAUAUACAAGAAUCUCUUAGGUUCACCAACGAUAUUGUUACUGCCAAAUUUACGCAGUCUAAAAAAGAUAAUGACUUUGUAUAUCAUGACAAAGUGCCAGCAAUGGAUACUCUGCCAGAAGUCAAAGGUGCAUCAUUAGUGAAGGGAAUUCCCUUUAAUCCUAAUGAUCCUGAGGUGUCCGGACCAGACAUUUUCCAGAAGUUGGUACCAAUGAAGGCUCAUGAGGCAUCCUCUCUGUACAGUGAGGAGAAAGCAAGACUUCUUAGAAAAGUGGGCGGGGAUAUUGAGGCAAAGAAUGAGCAGCUGAUCCAGUUCAUGUCGUCCCUGCAACUAGACCAGGCCCAACUAACAAACGAACAGGAACGUCUUCCACAGCAGUUACUGGAGAAAUGUGCUGCUAUUAGCGUCCGCACCAACGCCAUCAAAGACUUGGUGGACUCGAUGGGAGCGGUGUCAAAUGUAGCUACAGAAGUGGACUGUGCCAUACGAGAGAUCAAUCAACUACUAGAAGAGGACACUCAGGCACAGGAAGAGUUUGAGAAGCAGUUUGAGAAACGUUCACCCAAUACCAUGUUGCCUAGUAUAAAAAAGGAGUGUGACAUUUAUGAGGAAGGUCAUAAGAAAGGCAGCCAAUCAAAUAAUGACUUACAUAGAGCUAUGAAUGCACACGUGGCCAACCUCAAGUUACUGAGUUCUCCAUUGGAUGAAAUCCAGAGAGCUCUCCCCUCAUUGGAUAAGGAAAAAAAUCCUGAAGAUGAUGCUGUGGUGAAAGAGUUACAGAGACUACUCAGCAAAGUCGAGGAGAUGAAGGCACAGCGUACUCGUCUUGAAGAAGAGCUCCGAGACCAAAUAAAAAAUGAUGACAUCACCAGUGUCAUAGUAACGCAGGAGGAGACUAACAAAGAGAAACUGUUUGAGGAGCAGCUGAAGAAACAUGAAGAGAAAGUGGCAUUGAUAAACCAGAAUCUCUCAGCUCAGGAGAACAUCCUGCGAGCUCUGACAGACUGCAAUGCCAAAUAUGCCAGUCUGAGACGUACGACAGUGGAUACUGGAGCCAGACGAGAAGGAAUGAUUCGAGAUCUGAUCAACUCGUAUGAUGUUUAUGAGGAUUUGAUGGCCAAAUCUCAGAAAGGUCUUGAAUUCUAUCGAAAGCUUGAAACCAAUAUAACACGCCUUUUGGACAGAUGUCGUGGCUUGUGUAAGAUUCAGCAUGAGGAGCGGGAACAGAUCAUGAAUCGUAACAAACCCAAAGGUAACUCAGAUCAUGAAUCCUACAAACAUAAAGGUAACUCAGAUCAUGAAUCUUACAAACAUAAAGGUAACUCAGAUCAUGAAUCUUACAAACAUAAAGGUAACUCAGAUCAUGAAUCUUACAAACAUAAAGGUAACUCAGAUCAUGACUCUUACAAACAUAAAGGUAACUCAGAUCAUGAAUCUUACAAACAUAAAGAUAACUCAGAUCAUGAAUCUUACAAACAUAAAGGUAACUCAGAUCAUGACUCUUACAAACAUAAAGGUAACUCAGAUCAUGAAUCUUACAAACAUAAAGAUAACUCAGAUCAUGAAUCUUACAAACAUAAAGGUAACUCAGAUCAUGACUCUUACAAACAUAAAGUGUCUGCACCAUCUAGACCAAUGGCACCUAAACCAGGAAAGAUGGACAGCCAUGUGCCUCCAGACUUUAUCCCCUCUUCUCUCUCAGGUGGAAUUCCAAGUCAACUUGAACCUGUUGCAAUGCCACAAGACAAUAUUCCGGGGCAACCAUCUUUGCCAAGUUCACAACCACCACCAGGUUCAGGCAUGAUUACAGGAUUUGAAGGUCCAAAAUUGAAGGACUUUCUACCCUUCAUGAAACCAAAAACUUUUGGCAAAGAUAAUUCAGACACAGGUUCUCUUCCAGGAAGUGUACCAGACUCCCCAGUUCAUUUCCCAGCUGGGACAGGAAGUCUACCAGCUAGUCCAUACCAGAGUAUGGACAUGCCAGGUGGAUAUGUUCCAGAAGCAGCGGAGAUGGAUAUGAAAGCAGCCAUGCUACGAGGUGGUGCAUCCUAUCGUCCAGAUCUCAGACAGCAAAAACAAGAUAAUAGGGGAUAUCCUAGUCCUGCAGGGAGUCCAGGACUCCGUCACUCCCCAGCCCAUUCUCCAUCGCCACAGCCAGGAUACAACCCUCAAGCUCGUCCCGCAACUGAUCCAGGUGUGUCACAACCUCAACCGAUUCAACAACUGCCUCCAAACCCAACAGACACACAGAGACUGCAACAAAUCACACAACAUCCAGGAGUUGUAAAAGGACCUCAGAAUAUCAUUGCCCAAUCAGGGGGAAUGCAGAUGCCACCUCAGGCCACUUUGUCUGGUCAUUAUCCUGGUGAAGUGAGUUCUCUGUCACAGGUCCCUGUAUCUCAAGUGAUGGAGCCUCAACAACACCAGACUGGGACAGGCACAAACACUGUGUCUACAAUACAUACUCCUGUUAUCUCCCCUGCUAAUACAUCACCAUCUGUACAUCAACACUAUAGGGAGCUGCCAGCAGAACUGACAACUUCACAACAACAAGGUGUUCCAAAACAACAGGCGCCACAAGCAGCAACUUUUCCACAACAGCAGCAGGUACAACAGCCACAACAGUUUUCCCAGCAACAACUUCAAAACCAGCAGAUAUCCCAGCAACAAAUGCAAAACCAACAACACCUUCAAUUUCAACAACAACGGCAACAAUUGCCACCACAAGUACCACAGCAACAACAAAAUCCACAGCAACAAAUAAUACAUAAGCCACAAUCUGUGCCACUUUCAGUAUCACAACAGCAACCAAUGAUAAGGCAACAAUUAAUACCACAGCAACAACAGUUACCAAAUCAACAACAGUUACCAAAUCAACAACAACAGUUACCACAGCAACAACAACAGAUGCCACAACAACAUAUGCCAAAGAACCAGCAUUUACCAAAACAAAUACCACAGCAACAACAGUUUCCACAGCAACAACAACAGUUACCACCACAGCAGCAGUUACCACAGCAACAACACCAGUUGCCACCACAGCAGCAGUUACCACAGCAACAGUAUUCACAACAACCACAACAACAUAUUCAACAACAGCAACAACAGCCACAGAUAAUUCAGCAACAUCGAUCUACCCCAACUCCUCCACAACAGUUUCCCAUUCAUUCUGCAGCACAAGUUAACACACAGGGGCUGACAACAGGAGCAGCAAUGUAUCCCCAGGCCAGCACAGCACAUAUGGCUGGCAGUCAGACAAAGCCGUCAACUCAGUCAAGCCAACAGUCCUGGCAACAUCAGCAUUCACCAUACCAACAAACAGGACGGGGUUACCCAGUACAACAAGUCUCUGGGGCAACACAGUUACCGCAGCAACAGUCACAGCAAAGUCAAGGUCAUUUCCUACAGCAACAGAUGUCUCAAGAUCAACCAACACAAGUGUACUCCACUCCUAACCAGACUAUAACGUAUCCACAACAGAUGCAAGGACAACAACAGUUACCUGGGCAACCACAAUAUCAAAGGCAGCAACAAGGGACAACAAAACAACCACCUCCAAGUCAAGUGUAUCAGGGACAGCAUAUUCCAGGGCAACAAGGAAUGCCUCAGACAACUCAACAACAUGGAGGACAACAAAUACUGGGACAAGUUGCCAGACAACAACAGGUUCAACAGAGUACAGGUCAAAUGUUGCCUGGUCAGAAUGUUGUAGGUCAACAAAGUCCAAUGGUAACCCAACAAUACGGUCAGACAGGAAGUCUGCAACAGUAUCCAGUGCAGACUGUACAGGGGGGACAACAGACAGUACAGGUGCAACAAGGACAAAGAGUACAAGGACAACAAGGUCAAGUUCAAAUGUUGCCAGGACAUCAAGGUCAAGGUAUACCAGGGCAACAAGGUCAAGGUCAGAGGAUGUCAGGACAACCAAAUCCAGGUCAAAUGUUGCCAGCACUGCAAGGUCAAGGUCAGAGGAUGCCCUUACAACAAAAUCCAGGUCAAAUAUUGCCUGGGCAGCAAGGCCAAAUAAUGUCUGGACAGCAAGGUUAUCAACAUUUACAGAGCCAACAGAAUUAUACACACAGUACCCAAGGGCAGUUCCAAGGUCAGCAGAUUGUACAACAACAGCAGAAUGUCUUACCAAGACAACAAGGUCCUGUGUCUGUUCAGAACCAGUACUCCAACUCUGUUCUACCUAGUCAGGCUGGGGGCACAUUUGUCCGACCUCCUCAUCCUUAUCUUAAUGUAGGUACUGCCCAGCCUGGGACAACUUAUGGACAUGGUCCAGUUGUGUCACAGAAUCCAUUAUCACCUGAUGUGAUGCAGGGAUCUCUGCCCUCUCCACUCCAACCCAUGUCUUCUAGUCCAGGACUUAAAGCUGACACCACCAAGAAACAAAAGGAUGAGGUCCCAGCAUGUGUAGCACAGCUGGCUAAGGAUCUAGAAGCUGUGGACCUUUCUCCUAGUCAUAAACCAAGUGUUGCCUCACAGCCAAGUGUUAAUCCACCCUCACAGAUUGGCAAUAAACCUCCUCAGGUUUUACAUCCUACACCCACCAAACCAGUCGUUCCAGCCUCAGGGGCAGUCAACCCUACCCCACCACAGACUCUACCCUCAUCCUCUCAAGCAAGCCUUCCACCAACACAGACUCCGGCUGUCCCACCUAGUGACACCACUACCUGCAGGAGUCAAUCUAUGGACAUCUCGCAUCAGACACACAAAAGGAAUCUCUCAGUGUCGUCUAACACGUCAUUGGAUGACAUUUUGUCUUCAAGUCCUACUGGGCGCGGCAACGAUGUCAUGACUCCAAAAGUAUUGACAGCACAGGAGAUUCAACAGCAGAAGGAAGAGGCUCUCAUGAAGGGAAACUAUUCAAAACAGAUGUCACGGGAUCCAUACUCAGACAUCUGUGCCAGAGACAAGUUUGUGAGUGAGACGGAAAAGCUUGCCAAGUUUGUGGAGGGGUUGGACAAAACCACUUGUUCAGGACCUACACAAUUGGACAUUGCCUGGAGGGAGUUGAUAGAUGAACAGGAGAAGGAAGGAAGGAAGUUACCGAUGGCUAUCGCCCGAUGUUAUACCAUGAAGAAUAGAGAGCUGGAUGUUAUGCCUUAUGAUGAGACACGAGUGAUAUUAACGUCACAUAAAGAUGACUAUAUCAACGCCAGCUGGAUCAAUGAGUUAUCACCAUCGUGCCCGAAGUUUAUAGCCACACAGGCACCCUUGCCUAGUACUAUCACAGAUUUCUGGCUCAUGAUCUACGAACAAGGUGUUGAAGUCAUUGUCAUGUUGUCCAGUGAGUUAGAGACUGGCAAGAAGUUCCCAGAGUACUGGCCGUUACAGAAGGGUCAACUUGUCCACCAAGGACCACUGACCGUUACCUUACAGAGUGUGAAGGACAAACAGCUUUGGACUGAAAGGAUCAUGUACCUCAACCAUCCAGAGAAGCGACAGGGAAGAACCAUUGUACAACUACAGUACAAGAACUGGCCCGUGAGUGGAUUUCCCGAAAAGGUGCCACACAUUCUACAAUUCAUCACAGAGGUUCACAGUUUCUAUAGACAACAAAGGAGUUUACUCAAGCCAGUAGUCGUUCACUGCAGUACCGGUAUUGGACGGACUGGUACCUUCCUGUUGAUCUAUACAUGUAGACAGGAGAUUGAUCAUGGAAAUGGCAUCAUCAACAUACAAGAUAUAGCCAAGAAGAUGCUACGUCGGCGACGACACGCCAUCCGAGAAAAGUCACAACUUAAGUUCUGUUAUGAGGCUACUCUAUACUAUGCACAAGAUAUCUUAGCACAGCGAGGUAUCUUAGUACACAAAGCAUCGUUUGGAGACAAGUUGCCGCAACCAGGAGAGAAAACAAAUCAGUGGACACCGACAGAAGAUGUCGUGUUUGGUAACCUGAGUUUCAAAACACUUCAGAGCAACAUGGCAAAGAUGGGAAUGAAUGUUGACAACAUUAUUGAACCAACACAAGAAAAAGUAGAGUUUACAAAAGUUAGAGAUGAUCGAAGUGGAAGUCAGGACAAAGACACAAAGCCUGUGUUUAGUAGUCUCCCUGAUGUGGUCCAGCGCACAGACACAACACAGUUGAUCGAACAUGUGGCUGAAAUGGAUACACCAGUGGAUUUAAAGAAUAAAAAUAUGAGUAAAGAGGCAGGUUUAGAUUCACCAAUCGGGAGUGUGGAGAUCAGUCGAUCUAGCUCUGAAAUGUCAUUGAGAAGCAACGAAGGUAUCCCAGGACAUGUGUUAAGUGAUACAGGAUCAGGUGUUGGGUCACUGGAGGGGUCACCAGUUCAUCGACAGGAUGGCUCUCUACCAGUGUCCCUCGCCGAUCUCCAGGAUCCAAAGACAUUCACACUUGGGGCUGCGACAGGAAAGAAAAAGGUGACCAAAGCAAGUUUUAUGGAGAGUCAUUCCUCGUUAAUGGAUACAGCUUUGGAUCCUUCUGAUCCUCUCAGUUCACUGGACCCCUUGUGGAGCCUCAACAAACAGAAAAAGUGAUUUAUGCCUGAAAUCAGGUUUGACUACAGUUAAAUAUUAUGAUUUUUAAGAAUCUUAAUGUUGUGUGAUAUGAUAUAUCAGAUCUUUGCUAUUGAUGAAGAAUUUAUCAUCAUCUUAUAAAGCUCUUUGUUAUGUAAUUUGGAUUAUUCGAGUGUAUGGUUUCAAAUAAUUUUCAACAUAAAAUGCUUCACAGUAUAUUUGUAUAUUGUAUAAAUCUGUCGUAUAAAAUGGCUAUUUCAUCUAACAACAUCCAUUUAUCAUUUUUUCUGCAACUUACUACACAUUUUCUAGUCAUCACAGGAAAAAAUCACUUACAUUUGAAAUCCUAAAAAUGAAAUUUAGAGUACAGAUAUUUCUAGAAAUUGUAAUUUGAUCAUUAGUUUUACAUGGAAUUGAUUAAUUAAAUUUCCUAAAGAUUUCCAGAGGUAACUUAGAGAGUUGAGACAGAAGAGAAAAUAUUGAGGAUACUGUUAGAUUAUUUUGUAUACAUAAUCUCAGAAAUAAUGGAUUACACACAAGAAAGAUUUAAUAAGUGGUACAGUCUGAUAGAAAAAAAUCUGCCUGGCUCUAUCAUCAGUAAUACAUUAAAGGCUUUAUUUGUUUGAAACAAUAAGUUACAGAUGUAGAGACAAUCUUUUUAUAGGAAGAAACAGCCUCAGGUGGAUUCUCUGUGCAUUGCUGAUUAUAAUUGUAUGUGUUAUUUCAAAACUUCAGAUAUUUAUGUGAAUUAAUUUUUGCUAUGAACCUCAUGAUAUUUUGCCAAUUCAAAUGUUUAAGUUCAAUCUUCUGCUAAUUGACACAGAGAGUUAACAUUCUAGCGGGGAAAUGAAUCGUAGUUGUGAUAAUUAGAUGACUGAGUCAGUUUCAACUAUUUACGUCUGUGCAUGUAUUUGAUUUCUCUACUACAGACAGGAUUCUUGGGUCGACUACUGGAGAAUUAAGUUGAAAAAGCUUGCUGUGAUAUACGUUGUCUGUAAUUGUAAGUGUGUCGUCUUUGUAUGAUAAUUUAAUUUAAAGUAACAUUGAUAAAGUUUGGUUUAGAAAAACAUUUAGGGACCAAGAUUGUUUAAUUUUAGAAUUCUUCUUUAACCCUAAAACAAUAUUGUAUAUGUAAUUUGUUCAGUUUUCCCGAAUUUGAUCAAAUUUGUUUUCAGUUGAACUUUCUUUAAUAUAGAAUGUGUUACCAGGUAUUUAAAUGAUGUGACAAGAGAUUAUUCAGAGGCUGUUUAUGGAUAGCAAUUGAUUUAAAAAAGUGAUGAACACGUCUGUCAUAGACGGCAUUUUUUCCCCUCCUUUUUCUUUUCAAUUUUGCAGAUCCCUGUUAUGAUGUGCAUUUAAUUUAUAUAAUUGUGUAUAUAUUGUACAGUAAUUUUUGGGACUCGGACAUUUGAGACCCAGAAUCAUGCUUUGCCCAUGUGAAGACCUUAUUAUAUCUCUAAUGAGGACUCCUCAAAUUGUGAAACUGGUCAUCUGGACUUGCCUUGACAAAUCCUACGAAAAUUACUGAUUGUGUAUGUAUGUAUGUAUGGGUGGUUUUUUUUUGUUUUUUUGUUUUUUUGUUAAUGCAUUUUCAAAUGUAUAAUUCUGUAAUAUCAUAAUUUUUGUAUUAUUUAAGGUUAAGGAUGUAUACAGUUCCUGUUUAUUUCAAGUGGCGGAAACAAUAUUAAUGCAGUCAGUCAGUCAAUAGAAUUGAUUAUGAUACUGUUUGAUAAUCGAUGAUGUAAAAGUUUAACACAGCAUUUUAUUAAAUCAUGCCAAGUGUCAUAUUUAUGUCUGGAAAGUGGGAUGAAAUUUUUGUCAUUUGUAUCUUUUUAUACAUAAGGGCAUUUAGAAUUUUAUGUAACGGUAAGAGACCUAUGUGUAUGAUGUUUCUGUAGAAGUAUAAUGUGUGCAAGCAUCAGGUGAAGUGACUUUCUAAUAAGAAUAAUAUACUUUGCUUCUAAGAAACAGGAAAUCAUGUUCUGUAUCUGCAUAAUAUAUGUUUUCCACCUAGUGAUAUGAAAAAUUGUAAGACUGAACACUUUAUAGUGGUAAAGGAUGAUAUUCAUUCAUCCCGUUCAUAUGAUCUGACCCUGGUUGUUGAUGGGAAAGUACAAGCAAAUAAGUCAUGUGAUCUGUUCAUACAUAUAAAUCUUAGUAGUAAGUGUCAUCCAAAAAUUGUCAUCUUCACUCUCACAUACACAUCAAAUAAUUUUCCAUACUCUAAGUCAUAAUAGCCUGUCUCCCUAUCUUUUCUUAAUGAACACAUAUUCUUUAAACAAUUCACCACCAUAAUGCUGAUGUUCUCAACACAUUUAUAAUAAGUAGCUUUACUUCCUAAUAGUCUAUUAAUUUGUUGUAAUAUAUAUAUAUAUAUAUAUGGUAUCUACUUGUUAAUUCAUAUCUACACUUUUCUGGCUGUAAACCAGAAAUUUGUGGCCUAAGCUAUUAAGAAAAUUGUUUUAUGAUCUGAGCGAUUCUUAGGAAAUCAAAGUUUUUAAAGAGAAAAAAAAAAACUUGGAACAAAUUCAUUUGGUGCAAUACAAAUGUGACCGUGGAUUGAAAUAUCUGUGAAUGACAAAACAUGGUUAUUUUGCAUUAAUUGAUAAGUUAACACAAUCAAUUAAUAAGGAUAAUCCUGAAAAUGACCUUGGAUAAGAUCUGUCCUGGCUUACAUUUAGUUACAUUAAUAGGAUAGGUUGGUGUGUUACUACUGAAAAAUGGAAAGUUUACAAGUCUGAAAGUGAGCUUUGAUAUAAAACAAUUUUUCAAUAUAAAAUGUGUUAAAAUCAUUGUGUUUUUUAUUCAAAGCUUUAUGCAUGCUGACCUUUGUUAAUAUUAAGUCAGGAAGUGUUUUCUCAUUUCCCUACUUAUUUUGUCGGGGUACUUGACAAGUAAGUCAUUUACUUUAAAAAUCAGGAAAGCAAUCCUAUAUUACUGGAAAUAUUUAGGGGAUAAGUGCAAUUUGUCAGUAACAAAAAAGAUAAUCAUGGAAGAGAUGCAUUAAGUACCAUAUAACCGUGUAUAUCCAGCCAUAACUUACUCAUGUCGGGAGGUGGGCCUAUUACAGUACUAUAAAGUAGCCUUGAUGUUUAAUUAAUUUUGUUUGAGUGGGCUUAUUACCAGUUAUGGGCACAUGACUGGAUACAAUAUGAGCAUAAAGCAUAAUGCACUGUAAUAUAUGGUUGUUCUUUUGUCAAAUGAGACCAUGUUUUUAUGCAAAUAUCUCUUUAUCAACUGAUGUCAAUGAAUUUGUGGUUGACUAUAACUGUUUUGAUACAGUUUACGGACUAUAAAGUUGUCUUGAAGAGAUAACUUUCAUGUAGUGGAUCAGUUUUGAGAUGAUACUACUUAACAGACAGUACUGGCCUUUCACCUAGCAUCAGGUUUGAUUGCCUUAUGAAAAGGUAAGGGCUGCCUGACCAUGUGGGUUUUCACAAGGUACUCCACAACCCGACCAUAAUAAGACCCCUCACAUGCAUACAUCACGACCAAUAAGAGUGAUAAGUAUAUGUUGAAGUAACUUGUUUUGCAAUUGUUGUAAAUUAAGUAAAGUUUAUAUCAACAGGUAGCUGAUUUAGUAAUUCAUCUGUUCAGUUAAUCCAUCAAUAGUUUUAUCUUAAUCCUUGAAGUGAUAAGUUUGGUUUAACACACUAAAAGAUAUAUAGUAGUUUCAGCUCUCAUGUUAACGUGUUCAUACCAGUAAUUAAAUUUGUUUCAAAAGCAAAUUUUUACAAGGAUUUAAAUGUUGA